GUUCUCAGUACUUGCCAUUGCUGCCCCUUUCGCUGCUCUGCACACAAGAUGUCGACCAUUCUUCGGACGCUGCGCAAUCUGAGACGGAUUGGCUUCAAGGAAUAUGGCCACCAAAUGCAGUACAUUGGUGAUACCAAGGCCGGUACCUUGAUCGGUGUUGACCGCUACGGCAACAAGUACUUCGAGAACAUGGAGGAGGAGCUUCCUCUCCGUACCCGCUGGGUCGACUACAAGGAGAAGGAAUACGACCCCUCGCAGCUUGAGCCUGGCUGGCACGCCUGGAUCUCUUACAUGGUGGAUGCGCCCCCCACUGCCGACAAGAUCAUGCAGACCGGUGUCCGCAGCUGGGAGCUGCCUGAGCACAGGCCCAACCUGACCCUCAGCCGUGCUGCUUUCAAGACCUACUCUACUACCCGCCCCAAGUACUCCGCCUGGACUCCCGUUGCGGCACCCCGGUAGAUUUCGGUAGAGCGUUGGCCUAGAAAUCAGACCAUGUUCGAAGAUGUGUAAAUAAAUAAAGAUGUCCUACUUUCCGUUUGAACUAUCGCGAUUGUCACAAUUAGUAUCCCCAUUGACCUGCCAGUUCUAUACAGUAGUCCGUAGUCUAAUUAUGCACAUGAGGAUAUCACCGAGGUAUCACAGCAACCAAAUGUCAAAUCAAAUGCCACAAAACAGCUCCCUUGACGAUGUAUAUACAAUAAUUCAGAGAACGUAUAUACCCGAACCGAUGUUGGACCAGUGACGAAUGGGGCGUCGGUCUUCGAGCUCGACACACCACCAC